CCGAGUUCAUGGAGAGCGCCAUGGCUGAAGAUUACGGUGUCGAGGUCUCGGUGGGGCUACCACACCUCUCCAUUAUAGGUGCCCCUGGAGGAGGCACAUUAUAGCUGCCAUUGAUCAAUCAAAGCCUAAAAAUAAUCUCAUUCUUUCUCUGACGGCGGUGAUGGAGUGACUGAAGCUCUCUCUUCAAUUAAUUUUGUGAUUACAAUUUACAACAAUCAUUAUUUAAUAAUGGAGAUCAUAAACACUCCAUUAAAGCCUAUAACAUAUAUGAGAAGAGAGAAGAAAAACAGUGAGGAAUUGGGUAUGGUGGUACCAGACUUGAAUGAGGCUUUGUGUGAAUUAAACAAUGGAAAAGAAUCACCAUUGGACAACACUCAAACUCCUCAAGAAUUGUCUAGUUUCCCAAUUCUGACUACUGGUUUGACGCCAGAGGAAUCUUCCAACCCAAUUUUUCCAGUUUUUUCAGUUUAUACAGAUAAAGAGAAUGAAGAAAGCAACAAUUUGUCUAACCCGAAAAAAAGAGGAAAUGACUCUGAGUUGGAAAAAACCCCAGCUAAGAAACCAAAAAAGAAGAAGAAGAAGAAGAUACAUAGACCGAAGGUGGUGGGAACAAGCAAGCUAAGGCGUACACCUUCAAAGGGUACUCCCUUGAAACCACACACACCGAAACCUAUUACGCCAAAGCGUGUCAGUGGUACCAAGAACGUAGUAAAGAACAAGAAAAACAUCAAAAACAAGAUUACAUCAGAAUGUGACAAGGAAAAAGUGGAUGAGACUAGUGCUGAAGCUGUUAAUGAUGCUAGUGUGUCUAGAAGAAAAUUUUUGGACUUCGAUAAGGAAGAGAAGAUUGAAGAAAGUUUAGCCAUUGUAAACAUCUCGAAGGGACAAAGAAGUUUGAAACCCGAGAUAAUUCAAUGCAACAAAAUGCCUUCAACAAUUUUUCAUUUAUUCUUUAAGACAAAAGGAAAGAGAUCAAAGCAGCGUAGAAGACAAUAUAGAAAGAGUUUUCGAAGAAAGGAAGCUAAACAUAAACAAAUAACAAUAGAAACUAAGAAUGAGUUGGAAUUGGAACCUUUUCCCCUUUUCAACUGUGACUUUAACAAAGAAAGUGGACGUAGUAUAUUGGAAGACAACUUGUGGAAAGACUUUAAGGAGAAGUUCAGGACUAUACCACCAACUGUGAUGGCUCUCUCUGAUAAUUUAGAGUUUCAAACAAGUCUUAGUGAAGUUACUUCAUUGUUGACUCAUUUUAGUAGUUCAGUCACUCCUAAUAUAAGAGGAGAUAAUGACACAAAUAACACACAAAAUAUUGCUGAGAUGUCACCUUCUCCACAAUCUGAGAUUUUAGAUGAUGCAGGUACAUUUGAAGCAACAAGCAGCAUGAUUUCUCAAUUUUUGCCAAGUCCAAAUAGCUGCUGCUCUAUGGGAAACAUGCACCAACAUCAUUACAACCUCCCACAAAAUAAUGCUCAAUAUGGGGAUGGCCCGUUGGUUUUUAAUCAGGGAUUUAUGAUGGAAAACCGAGGCACAAAUGUUUUUCAUUAUGAGCAUGGUGGUGCAAUAGUCCCUUACACAGGACUUGCACCGAGAAAAAUAGAAAAGGAAAGUGCGAUCGUUCUUCACUCUAAGAAUGCUUUUCAGGGGGAACUUACUGUUGUCAAAAAAAAGAAGAAACAACUCUUGCUUGAAUUGCACGCUAAGGGGGUCAAUUCUUGGAAGCUUCAACUGAAAAACUUGAGUAGGUUGGGUGAAGAAAAUGAGAGAAUGUGGGAGGAUGAAAGAAGAGUAUUUCGCGAACGUAUUGGUGCAUUUAUUGCUAAAUUGCAUUUAAUUUUAGGUGAUAGGACAUUUUCAGAGUGGAAAGGUUCAGUAAUUGACUCUGCGGUUGGAGUUUUCUUAACUCAGAAUGUCUCAGACAAUCUUUCUAGCUCUGCCUUCAUGUCACUUGUUGCGAGAUUUUCCUCCUCAUAUGAAAGUAGUAGUGGGAAUACAACAAGAGGAAAAAUUUUAGAAGGUUCACAGCAACUUUCUGAUAAAAUUAUCGCCAACAAUGAGCCCGGGAGCUUAGCUGAUGAAACGGUACAAGAACAAGGUGUCAUGCUACCUACCGAUGAGAAUAAGAUAGAGAUGAAAAAGAAAAAAGCUGUCAUUGACUGGGAGGCAAUGGCAAAGAGAUAUUGUAAGAACUUAGAGGGAGAAAAGAAGGAAGGUGAUCAUAAUGGAACUGAUUGGGAUGAACUCAAGAAAAAAUACCAUGUUGACGGGCCAAGAGAUAGUCGUCGUAAGGAUUCUGUGGAUUGGAAUGUUGUAAGGCUGGCGGAGCCUGAGGACAUAGCACAUGCUAUCGAGGAACGCGGCCAGCAUAAUAUCAUUGCCUUACGAAUCAAGGAAUUUCUUAAUCGAGUUCUUAAACUACAUGGGGAACUUGACUUAGAAUGGCUAAGACAUGCCCCUCCAUUGAAAGUGAAGGAAUACCUCUUAGAAUUCCAUGGACUUGGUUUAAAAAGUGUGGAGUGUAUUCGCCUACUCGCACUUCAGCAUGUAGCCUUCCCGGUGGAUACAAAUGUUGGUCGAAUAGCCGUUCGCCUAGGGUGGGUUCCUCUUGAACCAUUACCUGAAGAGGUUCAGAUACAUCUCUUACAGGAGUUACCGGUGAUGGAUUCGAUUCAGAAGUAUCUCUGGCCAAGACUACAAACCAUGGACCAACAAACACUAUAUCAACUACAUUAUCAUCUUAUAACAUUUGGAAAGGUUUAUUGCACAAAGAGAAAUCCAAACUGCAAUGCUUGUCCAAUGAGAGCAGAGUGUAGACACUAUGCUAGUGCAUAUGCAAGUGCAAGGCAUGCCCUGCCAAGGCCCGAAGAGAAAGAAAAAGCGAGCUCAACAUCUCCAACAGCGGCUGCCAAUAGCACCCUCGGCCUCAGCCUCGGCCUCAACCUCACAUUACCAUCACCACCAUUAGUUCUUGAAACCAAUCAGUUUUCAAAAUCAGAUCAGAUUUGUAAACCUAUCAUUGAAGAGCCUGCAUCACCAGAGCCUGCAUCACCAGAGCCUGAACCUCCACAAAUCGAAGAAUUAAUUGAUAUCGAAGAUUAUUUCUUUUACAAUGAAGAAGACAAUGACGACGACAAUGACGACGACUAUGAUUAUGAUGAUGAUGAUAUUCCUACACUCAAUCUCUGUAAUGAAAUCAGCCAAGAUCCACUUUAUAAUUAUAUGGACAUGAAUAAGAUAAUAUAUGGAGACAAAGAAGAAUCAAGAGCUUUGGUUGUUUUGCCACAUGAAUUUACUAACUACUCUGUCCCGAAAUUGAAAUCUACCAGCCGUUUAAGAACAAAGCACUUAGUCUAUGAACUUCCAGAUUCACAUCCACUUUUAGUAGGGCUAGACAAGCGAGAUAACAAUGAUCCUACUCCAUACCUUCUUGCCAUAUGGACUCCAGAUGAAAUUGUAAACUCAUCACAGCCAUCCACUUCAAACACAAAUUCUCAGCAAGGAAAUGUGGAGACCAUCCCAGGUUCAAUUUUGAUACCUUGUCGAACAGCAACUAAAGGAUGUUUUCCAUUGAAUGGUACAUACUUUCAAACCAAUGAGGUGUUUGCUGAUCAUGAAUCUAGUGAAUAUCCAAUUGAUGUUCCUAGGUCAUGGUUGUGGAAUUUACGUAGAAGAUUGGUUUAUUUUGGUACCUCGACCAAUACAAUUUUUAGAGGCUUAACAACUGAAGAAAUUCAGCAUUGUUUCUGGCGAGGGUCACUUUGUGUAAGAGCAUUUGAAAGAAAAACAGGCUAUCCUAAGGCUCUUGCGCCAAGAUUCCACGUGUCAACAGCCCAUGCUGCCAAAGAAAAAAUCAAAACCAAAGCCAAAAAGGCAAAAACAAAAACAAAAACAAAAACAAUGGAUGGUCAAUAAUCAUGUUUGUAAAUAUGCAUAUGUACAUAUGUAUAUACUUUCCAUGCUCACUUAACACAAAAUUUUGGCAUCAACUUUUUUUUUCUUAGUUGAAAUUACCUUUUUAAAGGUAUCACUUUGAUACAUAUUUUUUUAGAUGUAAUUAUUUUGAAAUGUUUAUAUUUGAAUUUAAUUAAUUUUUUUUGUGAGUAAAAAAGUUUUUAUUACUCUCCUCGGA